GAACUUCAUCAGAGCCUUUCUGAAGGAAAGCAGCUGUUUGAUGUAGUCACUGAGGCAGCCAGUAAGACGCAAGGCGGCCUCUCCGAUGUUAGCCAGGGUCCUAUUCGCUCUCAGGUGGAUAGUCUACGCGACCAACUAACCACGCUCGAGCAACUGACGAGCGAGGCGACCGGCAGGCUGGCAGUCUCUCCAGUCCCGCUGGCAAGAGCUGAUGCAGGGAGCCGACACCCUGAAGGCUUCGCUCCAGGAAGUCGAAGAGUCGCUGAAGGAGCGACCCGUGUCGGGCGGAGACCUUGUCCAAAUCCGCUGCCUUGUCGAGCAGUACAAGCACACGGCCCGAAACCUGGACGACCACAAGCAGAAGCUGAAGGAGCUUCGAGUCGAAGCGUCCGAAUUGGCCGAGAAGACGGAUGGCGGCGAAGUGCUUCCUGUCCUACAAGAAAUGGCGAAACAGCUGGAGUCACUUCAAAAGAAGUGUCAGGCCACACUGGACUCGCUGGAGUCGGAACUGCACGAUGCCCAGAGCUACCAGAAGGCACUACAGGAGGCUGAGAAGUGGCUUCUGCAGAUGUCGUUCCCAGUAAUGGCUCAACAUUCACUUCAGGUGCUCAACAAGCAGCAGACGCAAGAACAACUUGACAAGUACAAGGGCAUUCUGGCGGAGGUCAAGCAGUACCAGUCCACCCUUGAUGAUGUGAAGGCCAAGGGUCGGGGACUGGUCAACCGCUACAAGAAGGACGCGCCCCAGCUUGAGCAGCAAGUGCAGUCUCAGCUCGACAACAUCCAGGAGAGCUAUGACGCACUGCUGACCGGUGCAAACCAAGUCCUGGCUCGUCUCGAGAGUGCUCUGCAGAAGUUCAUCAGCUACGAGACGAUGCUCGAGGUCUGUGACAAGCUGCUGGAGGAACUGGAGCCCAAGAUUUCCGCGCUCUCUGAGGACACUCCCAAAACAGCAGAGGCCUCCAAGAUCAAGCUGGAAACUUGCAAGGGCAUGCUCUCCCAACUCACCGAAGCGAGGACCCAGUUCCAAGAGGCCAUUCAGGGCUGCAUUGAGGCAGUGUCCUCAGUAAGCAGGCCGUCUAGCCCGGAGGUGGCUACGGUCUUCAGUGUUCCAGAACAGGAGGCCAGCAUCAAGAUUCGCCUCCAGGACAACAUUGAGCAGUUGGAGGCCAUCGCUGCCCAACUGGAGGUUCAGCUCAGAGGCUUUGAGGAAGCAGGACGCAAGCGAGCUGCUAUUGAGGACUGGAUUGUCGAGAAGCAGUCCAUUGUUACGCAGUUGGGAAGUGCGAAGUUUCCUCCGCAGACACUGGCACUGCAGGCUCAACUUAGGCAGCUUGAGGAUAUCAAGCAUGAGGUUUCUGAAAAGUUGACAGCCGUGGAUGCCCUGGAGCUGAAGUCGGGAACGCCAGGAGCAAGCGAGGCUGCUCUGCGAGACCGUCUCCACCAACUGGAAGCACAGGUCUCCCAAGUGGCGGGCGCCAGAGCUACCCAGCUGGAGACUCUGGAAGAGUACAACACCCUGGCUGGCCAAGUGGACGUGAGACUGACCGCCGUCGAGUCGUCGCUGGACAGCACGCAGCGCCCCACAGUGGGCGACGCGAAGCAGCGCUUGCAGACACUUAACGUUUUGCUGGACGAGGUGAACAGCAUUGGCAGCGAUGUAGGCGACCUCAGGGGCAAAAUUGCCGUUCUCACCAAGUGCCUUGAGCCAGACGACAAGGCCAAGUGCGACGACCAACUCAAGUGCCUUGAAGGAAAGUGCGACGAGCUGCGCAAGCGGAUACUCCGCAGGACCAAGAGCUUGGACCUGAUCCAGAAUGGACUGGACGCCCUGUACUCCGAAGCGGCCACCACGGAAAAGUGGCUUCAGGAGAAGCAAGCCUCCCUGGAGCAGCUGCCAAACCCUGGCUACCAGAGCACCAGCGUCGAAGCAGCACUGCAGGGAAUGAAGGCCGAACAGCGGCAAGUGGAGAACAAGCGGGCCGUGGUGCAGGACUUUGAGAAGCGCAUCGAGUCCUUCUCGCACGAGCUGGACAGCUUGGACGCUCAGCAGCUCGAGCAGAUGAUGCAGGACCUGAAGACACGCUUUGCCGAUCUUCUCAGCCUUCUUGCGUCGCACACUGACAGCCUGACGGAGCUGCUCAACAAGACCUGCCGCCUCGACGACGAGCUGGAGAUUGUGCGGCAGUGGUUGCGCUGAGAAGGAACAGGACCUGCGGAGGGUCGGGGCUCCCGCGCAGGACGCCAAUGAUGCCAGAAACCUUCUUAGUUCAGUUCAGGCUCUGCAGAAGGAAGUGAAAAACUUUGAAGAAACCAGGCUGGCCGGACUUGUAAAGCUUGCGAAGGAUCUUGAGCCUGGGUGUGAGCCGGAGGACUGCGCAGCUUUGCAGAAGCUUGUUCAGGAACCCGUCGAGAAAGUGAAGGAGCUCCAGCAGAACCUGGCCGAGCGUCUGAAGCAGCUUAAGGAGCUGGUUCAGCUGUACGACGAGUACCAGAAAGCUCUGUCGGCCGUCAAGUCACUCCUGAGCGAGACAGAGGCCUCGCUGGCGGCCGACCUGCUUCUCACCACAAGCGAAGAAGUGAUUCGCGGACAGCUCGACACCCACCGUCGUCUGCAGGAGAGCGGUCGUCGCUUGCCUGCCG